CUCAAUACAAUCAUAACUACUUUCCCCUAGUCCAAAUCCCUCUCUCCAGAUGACUCUCUAACUAAAAGCCACUCAUUUUCCUUAUUAUUUACCGCAAUGCCAUCCCUUCCCGAACCUCCAACACCGCUCACCCAUCACCACCACCGCAACCGCAACCGCCACCUCCUCAUUCCAGUACUCCUCACCGUAGCCCUAACCCUCACCGUCCUCUCCAUCCUCGUCUUCAUUGUCUUCCUCUACCGCAAGCUCUCCAGAAGCCGCACAACCCCGUUCGAUCACCAAAAUAGCAACCCCACCACCGCUGCCGCCGUCGACGCCGCCGUUGAUAGUAACAAUGACAACAGUAACCAGCAGCAGCGGAGGUACUCGUACUCUCUUCUCCGGCGCGCCACCGGUUCGUUCUCGGCUUCGAACCGGCUCGGCCACGGAGGGUUCGGCUCGGUGUACAAGGCCACGCUCCCUUCCGGCCAGUCCCUCGCCGUGAAAGUGAUGGACUCCGAGGGGUCUCUACAAGGCGAGCGAGAGUUCCACAAUGAACUCUCUCUGGCCUUGAACCUCAGCAAUCCUCACAUACUAUCUCUGCUCGGCUUCUCCACCGACCGCCGUGGCCGGAAACUGUGCCUGGUAUACGAGCUCAUGCCGAAUCGGAGCCUCCAGGAGGCUCUGCUGGACCGGAAGUGUCCGGAGCUCAUGGUGUGGAAGAAGAGAUUCAGUGUGGUUCUGGAUGUUGCGAGAGGACUGGAGUAUCUGCACAACGACUGUGACCCGCCGGUGAUUCACGGCGACGUGAAGCCCAGCAAUGUGCUGCUGGACUCGGAUUUCAAUGCCAAGAUUGGGGAUUUCGGACUGGCGAGGCUGAAAACGGAGGGGGAGUUGGAUCAGGGAGAUCAAGUGGUGGUGGUGGAGGAAGGAGAUGAGGGAGAGAGUGAGAAAAAAGAGGUUCUUGAAGUGGCUGUGGCCGUUGGGGAUGAUAAUGGUUCGAUCUUGGAAGAGGAGAGCAUGAGUUUGAGUGUUGUGACUGGUGGAUUGGAAGAUGGCCGGUCGCCGGAUUGCUGUGUGGUGAGGAUUUCGGAUUCGGAGGCGUCUCCGGUGGCGGCAGCGGCAGGUUUGUCGCCGGAAGCGGGUUUUGAUAAGUUUAGUAUUGACAGUGAGAAGGAAUUGGUUAGUGGGAAGAGGAUGAAGGGAAGUUCGGGGAGGGAUUGGUGGUGGAAGCAGGACAAUGGUGGAGGAGGAGGGUCUGAGUCCGGGAGGGUUAAGGACUAUGUAAUGGAGUGGAUUGGGAGUGAGAUUAAGAAAGAGAGGCCGAAAAGCGAAUGGGUUGCUUCUCCGAGCACCAACAGUGAGCCCAAGAAGCGCAGGAAGAAAUUGGAAUGGUGGGUGUCUUUGGAUGAGGACAAGGUUAAGAAGAAGGAGAAGGCUAGGAAGCCGAGGGAGUGGUGGAAGGAGGAGUUCUGUGAGGAGCUUAGUAAGAAAAAGAAGAAGAAGAAGAGGGGAUUCGAUUCGGGUUGUGGUGGAGAAUUGUGGUGGCAGAAGGAUGAGGAGGAUUUGGGGUCGGAGAGGAAGAAGAGGAAGAGUAAGAGCAAGAGUAGUAGAGGUAGCAUUGAUUGGUGGUUAGAUGGAUUUGGAAGUGAGCUCAGAAGUGGGCGGAGGAAUAGUCAGGACUGGGCUAGUUGCGGCGGGGGUGAUAUACCGAAGAGUGGUGGCAUUAGUAGCACACCGAGCAUGAGAGGCACGGUUUGUUAUGUUGCUCCUGAAUAUGGUGGUGGAGGGCAGCUCUCUGAGAAAUGUGAUGUGUAUAGCUUCGGGGUUCUGGUUUUGGUCUUGAUUUCAGGGCGGAGGCCGCUACAAGUAACAGCCUCCCCCAUGUCGGAGUUUGAGAGGGCCAAUCUGAUUUCAUGGGCUCGGCAACUUGCUCGAAAUGGGAAGCUUUUGGACCUUGUAGACCAGUCUAUACAUUCUUUGGACAAGGAAGAGGCAUUGCUCUGUAUCACAAUUGCAUUGCUAUGCCUGCAAAGAACACCAGGCAAACGGCCAACCAUGAAGGAAAUUGUAGGGAUGCUAACGGGUGAAGCCGAGCCGCCCCAUUUGCCUUUUGAGUUCUCACCAUCGCCGCCUUCCAAUUUUCCGUUCAAGUCCCGGAAAAAGGCCCGGUGAGUUAAUUCAUGAUGGGUUCCAUUGACUGUAGAGUGUAUGUUUGUAGGUCCUUUCUAAUUAUCAUGUUGUGUAGAAAUUUCUUGCUUAAAAGUAAAGAAAGUUGCAUAAUUUACAUGAA